CGUUUCUCCUUCCCUCUCCAACCCCCUCCUCCACCCCAUUCAGGGUCGCUGCUCCAGGGAGAACUGUAAGUACCUUCACCCCCCGCCCCACCUAAAGACCCAGCUGGAGAUCAACGGCAGGAACAACCUGAUCCAGCAGAAGAACAUGGUCAUGUUGGCCCAGCAGAUGCAGCUGGCCAACGUCAUGAUGCCUGGGACCCAGUUACCGCCCAUGCCCAUGUUCUCCGUCGCCCCCGGCCUGGCCACCAAUCCCAACGCGGCGGCAGCCUUCAACCCCUACCUGGGCCCCAUGUCCCCUGGGCUGAUGACCCAGGAGAUCAUGCCCAGCGGCCAGGUCCUCAUGACCAGCAACCCCUCCCUCAGCCAGGGCCCCAACGCUGCGGCCGCCGCCCAGAAGCUACUGAGGACGGACAGACUGGAGGUAUGCCGUGAGUACCAACGCGGAAACUGUUCCCGGGGGGAGAACGACUGUCGCUUCGCCCAUCCGGCCGACAGCACCAUGAUCGACACCAACGACAACACGGUGACCGUCUGCAUGGACUACAUCAAGGGCCGCUGUUCCAGAGAGAAGUGCAAGUACUUCCACCCUCCGGCCCACCUUCAGGCCAAGAUCAAGGCCGCCCAACACCAGGUGAACCAGGCCACGGCCGCCGCCGCCAUGACUCAGUCGGCUGUCAAAUCACUGAAGCGACCCCUCGACGCAGCCUAUGACCUGGGCAUCCCCCAUAGUGUCAUGGCAGCACCCCUGCCCAAGCGGGCCGCCAUGGAGAAGGCCAACGGGGCAUCGGCCGCCAUGUUUAACACUGGCAUGCUCCAGUACCAACAGGCCCUGGCCAACAUGCAGUUCCAGCAGCAGGCUGCUUUCCUGCCCUCAGGCUCAAUAUUGUGCAUGACACCUACAGCGAGCAUUGUUCCCAUGAUGCACGGGGCUACGCCGGCCAAUGUGUCCGCCGCCACCACAUCUGCCACAAGCGUUCCCUUCGCAACCGCCACCAAUCAGGACUCUUCCUUAUCAAAGUUGACUACCAACGAAUACAUGCAAUUGAUUCCAAUUAUCUCUGCCGAUCAUCUGAGUAACCACAAGUACCUGACACAAAUGUAGUUCCUGUUCAGAACAAUCAAAUGAAUGUGUGCUGGCGCCGUCCAAGCCAAAAGAGUUCAGCCUUUAUGUACAUAAUAACGCUGGGAAUGUCAAAGCGACGGAGACAGAAAAAAAAAAAAGAUGGCGUCUCUUAGCUGGUCUGGAACGAUGUUCUCAUUGUCACCAAAAAUGUCUCCAACCCAGACGUGACACAGGGUCAAUGUCAGUUACUCUCGCUCGUUAAUCAACCUCCAGACACAUGCAGCCAUAGUCCUGGCCAGAGAAGGUGCCUCAUCUCUGGAUACCAGGAUCUUUCUCCCCCCCUCGCCCCCAGGGGUGCCAGCUAUCGUCGCCUUUGUGUCUAACAAAACUAUAGAAGUGUUUUUUUGUUUUUUUUUACACAGACAGGAGGUUGAGUCAGUUGAAUUGUUUUGUUUAUCUUAGAACACCGUGCUGGUACGUUGGCAGACCAAGAUGAAUAUAAUUUUCGUUUUUUUUUACGUGCUUUGCUUGGAUUUAAAAACAUGUAGACUUGUUUCAUGGUUUACAAAAGAAAUGCUAAAGUGCACCUUGAAUAUGAAUUUAAAUCUGAAAUAUGGCACAACAAAUAUAAUUGUAAUAAGGAACAUUAUUAUGGACAAAACAUUGGAGCAUGUACAGUAUUUUGUUUUGUUUAAAGAUUUCUAGUUAAACUAAGUGUAAAUGAAAUGAGGGUCGAGGCCGUAUGAAUGUUCUGGGUAAGACAACACACUUGUAUACCUUUGAAGCACAGCCAGGCUAGCUUUAUCCAUCAUGCUGUGUGCAACACAGGCUAUCCACCCCAAACUAGAGUGUUAUUUCACCAGUGUUAUUCUGUUUACCGAAGGUAUCUAUGUUUUGUAUGGCUCUAUUUUUCUCUUUUUUUAACAUUAUAUCUUCAUAAUGAGUGUGUUUUUUAUUUUAUUUUACAUUGUACCAUUGCAGCAUUUUUUAAGGGGUAUGAACAGAGGAGUUAGGGAUCUCUUUGUUGUGGAUUUCUCUCUCUAAGAAAAAGAGAAUGAAAACAUAUGUGCCUUUUUCUUAUUACCGGUGUUUAUUUAGCUUUUCUUCUUUGUUUUUUGCAUCAGUGUUGGAUUUUUCUAAUUGGGUGAGCAUGUUUUCUCAUUGGUGGGAGCUGGAAUUCUGUUGACUGAAAAGCCGGUAAAGUGAUGUGGGAGGAAGGUGGAGCUUACCUCCCUGUCCCCCUCCUACCCACCACCACAAAAAGGUGGAGGGACUUUAAAACUGUGUGUACAAGAAGCACUGUCAUUUUAUAAUAGGGGCAAUUAGAUCAUUUAGGUCAUCAAACCACAGACUUGAAAUAGUCGUUUCAUCAUUGUAACAUCAUAGUGCUUUGUAAAUUUCACAUUCAUUUUGGUGUAAAAAUAUUUUAUGAAAAAAAUUAGAAAAAAAAAUUAAAAAAUUAAGAGGACAAAUUAAUUUUUGGACCUGAUCAUAGAUACCAAAGCACAGUUCAUUCACAGAUGAUGUCCCUUUGCUUUGUUUUACCAGAGGUGUACAUUGUGUCAAUAUUGAUUGUAAUGUACCUUUAACAAAGCCUUAGAUUAUGGCACCUGUGUCCUAACAUUUUAUCAUACCUGUCAGAUUGUCCUACCAAGGCUCAUAGCUCAUGUGCACACCAAGGUUAAAGUUAGGGUGAGGGUUAACUUUAUGGUUUUGCGCUACGGUAGGACAAUUUGCAGAACCCAAUCCAAUCAUAUGUACUUUUAAUCACCACACAAGCAAUGAACACCAAUGACACAGUAUAUAGUUUAUAGUUCUUACAUACAAUAUACAGCUUCUAAUGUUUGUUACUUGCUCUAUCUUUAACAAUACUCUCUUAACUUUCCUGUUAUGUAUUACUUAAGGAUUUGAAUCUAUUUGAGGUAUGUAGUUGUAGAUGUUUCUUUGCCUUACUAUAUAUUACUUGACAACAUUGAUAGCCGUUAUAGAUUUUGAGGUAGUAUGACAUUCAUAACUUUUUUCAAACCAUAUAAAUGAUUAUGUGUUGACUCAGUUUAAAGUAUUCACUUAGUAUAUGUUGCUGAGUGUCUGUUUUUAUUCAAAGAGUUUUGUUUUCGAUUAAUUUUGUUGAUCAAAGACUUUUGAUAUUGAUGCAAGGAAUGAGUUUUCAGCAAUUGCAGAAGCUCUGGAUAAAAAAAACUAAUAUUUUAACCAACUUAAGUAUUCCUUGUAACAUGUCGAGAUCAUGUUUGAAAAUAUAUUGUCUUGAAAUAUAGAAUGUUCAUGUUAGUGUGAAAAUUAUUUUCUACUGUAUCCAUUUCAAUAUUUACUAUCGUUUGAUUUUUUUUAAGUUUGCCCUGAGUGUCAGGCCAAAAUGAACAGUGAGAUUGACGGGUUUCUGGAAGUUUGGUGAAGAGUGAUAUUAAAGGUGGGAACGGUGACUUUACUGUUUGUAAAGUCAGUAAUGCUGCAGAUGAAUGAAUCCUAACCUAAGGGGACGGAGGUCGACUUUUUGCACUUCUGUAUAUAGUCAAAUGAACAGAGAAAAACAUGUAUCAUAUUGAGAUAUUAUUUUGAAUAAAAAAUCUAUAAUUAUAAGGAAUUUUGCUAGAUUAAUUUAAAAUUCUAAAAUUAGACCAGCUAAACAAAAUCGCUUGCAAAAAGGGCACUACUUUCUUGGCCGAUGCAUUUAGAAAAAAGCUAUGCGCUUUCCGGCUUCUUUGGUCAGUGGCAGGUACUAUGCCAAAAAAUUUGGAAGGGGAACUUGUAUCCCCAAUUCACCUUCCCUCCAACUCCCCCUGUAAGAUGACAUCACAGAUGCUGUCUGUUUUUCUAUAGCCAAGCUGGCCAAUCAGCUCCUGUUUGGUCCUGGUACAGUCAAUACAAGAGUAUAUUCUAUCCAAAACUGUAUUCUAUGAUUUUAUCCUAAACUGUAUUAUGUUUCGGUUUGAUUUGACUGCAUGUGAAAGAACUAAAAUGUAAAACAAGAUCACAACAUAAAUAAGUACAUAUGGGACUUUUAAUGGAAAUACAUAUUUACAGUUGAUUGAUUCACAUUUGGGUGGAGGAGGAGAUGAAACUUCCGACAAGUCAUCACCAGUUGUAUGAUAACAUACUAUACAGAGAAGCUCAGUAAUAUAUCUCAAAUAAUAACAUAUUAGUAGCAACCCAGCCCAGAGGUUUUCUCUCACAGCCAUUAAGACGACAGUCAACAUGCAGGCUCACAGCACACUGUUGUAAUGCUAUUAGAAGCAUGUGUACUCAGCAGGUGAAGGCUCACCACACCAAAUACUGAUUUGUCUUUUUAAGUGAAUGUAUUCGUCUUCAGUCAAGGUCAAUAUAUUUCUGACUUGAGGUCGCUGUAUAAGUGCUACAGAACCAAAGCGCCACUCUCUCCAAACCAACCAGUGCUUCUUGGUUGGGCAGAUGCCUGCCCGCUCACAGCUUAACCAAGGGCUUUCUUCCCUGCUGAGGGCACACACGCUUUGACUGCUUUUUACCUGUAAGUGCAACACUUAAAUUUUUUGCUAAGAAAUGCUACACAAUAAUGUACUACUCUGUCUUCAGAUAUGUUUUAUGCACAUUUUCAUGUUGCCAUAAUUGACUCUUGCUGUUAUGAAUAAAAAAAAAACAAUAAAACAAAAAGUUGAUUUGCUCAUGCAA